AUGUUCGCUCACAGUGGACUGCUCGAGGCGGACCGACAGAGCAUUCUGACAUACCUAUAUAAUGUUCGACUCUCGAGUCCUGUAUACCCGCAGACCAUCACAAACACCGUUUCACACCCACGCCACAGCGAUGUCCUCAACGAAGAACACCACCACUUAUCUGUGCUCGAACAGGCCGCGCCUGAACAGUACUUGGACGCCAAAAAGAAGGACAAAAUUUCCCACAAGGUCAAAUCCAAGGUGGGGAGUACCGCAAAGUCCGCUUUGGCCAAGACCAAGGAGAAAUUGGCGGAGGGCAAGGCGAAAAAAGAAGCCAAGAAGGCGGAGAAGGAGGAGGGGCAGAAGACGAGGAUCGAUUCCGUAGUGGAUUGA